CCCUGUGCGUACCGCCUGCCUGUGCACACAGCCUGCUAGCUGCAAUCCCGAGCCCCUCUCCCACCCAGGGAGGAUGGGCUGCAAGAGGCAGCAGGAGGGCAGCCCCAACCCUGCCUAGAGCUGGGCAAACAAAGGGAGCAGCAGCAGCCGGGCUGGGGUGGAUGCAAGCAACCAUGAAAGGCUGGAUCUCCGCCUCCGCCGCCGCCGCCGCCGGAGAGCUGCUGGCUGCUGCCGCCGAGGAGCAGAGGGCUCCGCUGUGAAGGGAGGAGGCGGGAUUGGUUUUGCCUCGCCAAGGUAGAAGGGGCAGGGGCCAAGGCGGCAAUAAACAUGUCUUCUUCGGCGGGGCCCCGCGGCCCUCGCCCCCCCACGGUGCCUCCCCCGAUGCAGGAGCUGCCCGACCUGAGCCACCUGACCGAGGAGGAGCGGAACAUCAUUCUGGCCGUGAUGGACCGGCAGAAAGAGGAGGAAGAGAAGGAAGAGGCCAUGCUCAAGAGAUUGCAUCAACAAUUUGAAAGCUACAAGGAGCAAGUAAGAAAAAUAGGUGAAGAAGCCCGCCGCUACCAGGAAGAGCACAAGGAUGAUGCACCAACAUGUGGAAUCUGUCUUAAAACCAAGUUUGCUGAUGGUUGUGGCCAUUUAUGCUCUUACUGCCGGACCAAGUUUUGUGCCCGAUGUGGAGGUCGUGUUUCUCUACGAUCCAACAAUGAGGACAAAGUGAACAGGAAUACUAUUCCUACCCAUAAUGGAUCACUGUCAGCAGUACCUGUAAGAGUUAUGUGGGUGUGCAAUUUAUGUCGAAAGCAACAAGAAAUCCUAACAAAGUCUGGAGCAUGGUUUUUUGGAAGUGGUCCACAGCCGCCAAGCAGUCAGGAUGGAGCACUGAGUGAUACAGCUACUGGUGGAAGUUCUGAUGCACCUAGAGAAAAGAAAGCAAGGCUUCAAGAGCGUUCCAGAUCUCAAACUCCCUUAAGUACAGCAGCUGCCUCAGCACAGGAAAUUUCUUCUUCCAGUGUGCAGUCUGACAGGAGGAAAGGCACAGAACUAUCACAACAAGCUAUGGGCCUGGAACAAAAGCAAGCUUCAUCAAGGUCUAGAAGUGAACCCCCCAGAGAGAGGAAGAAGACAGCAUUGAUAUCAGAACAGAAUGGAAAAGGAGGUCUAAAGAGUGAGCGUAAACGUGUGCCAAAGUCUUCACUUCAACAUGGACAAACAGAUGACAGGGAACGUAAAGAAAGGCAUGAAAGUAGAAGACUGGAGAAAGGCAAGUCACAGGACUACCCAGAUUUGCCAGAAAAACCUGAGGAAGGCAAGGUAGCUGAUGAGGAAAAACAAAGGAAAGAAGAUGAGUAUCACACUCGGUAUAGGAGUGACCCAAAUCUAGCAAGAUAUCCUGUAAAGCCCCAUCCUGAGGAACAACAGAUGCGUAUGCAUGCAAAAGUUUCUAAAGCACGGCAUGAAAGGAGACAUAGUGAUGUGGCUUUGGCACAUACAGAAGUGGAAGAAGCAGAUGUACCUGAAAACAAAUUAGGAAAACGCUCACAGUUACAGGGAACUCAGGACAGAAAAUCUCUUAUGGAAACUCAGAGAUCAUACUCUAUAGAAAGAACAGGUGAUGUAAGAAUUUCCGUUUCCAAACAAUUAGCUAAUCAUAGUCCACCAACUCCCAGACGCAGUCCUGUUCCCACAGAACACCUAGAACCCAAGAACCAUGAUUCCUUUAAAAAACAGAGUCGCCUCGAUCCAGGCUCUGCUAUUCUCAUGCGAAAAGCAAAGCGGGAGAAAAUGGAGACCAUGCUAAGGAAUGAUUCCCUUAGUUCUGACCAGUCAGAAUCAGUGCGUCCAUCCCCUCCAAAACCUCAUAGAUCAAAGAGAGGUGGAAAGAAAAGACAGAUGUCAGUCAGUAGCUCAGAAGAAGAAGGGGCAUCCACACCAGAAUAUACUAGCUGUGAAGAUGUGGAAAUAGAAAGUGAAAGCGUUAGUGAAAAAGGUGACUUGGAUUAUUACUGGCUGGAUCCUGCCACGUGGCACAGUAGGGAGACUUCCCCUAUUAGUUCGCAUCCCGUGACGUGGCAGCCAUCUAAAGAGGGAGAUCGCUUAAUAGGACGAGUUAUUCUUAACAAGAGAACUACCAUGCCAAAAGAGUCAGGUGCAUUACUGGGGCUAAAAGUUGUUGGAGGAAAAAUGACAGAUUUAGGACGACUUGGUGCCUUCAUUACCAAAGUAAAGAAGGGUAGUCUAGCUGAUGUGGUGGGCCACCUAAGAGCAGGGGAUGAAGUUCUAGAAUGGAAUGGUAAACCCCUUCCUGGAGCUACAAAUGAAGAAGUUUACAACAUUAUUUUAGAAUCAAAAUCAGAACCUCAAGUUGAAAUUAUUGUUUCAAGGCCUAUUGGUGACAUUCCAAGGAUUCCUGAGAGUUCCCACCCUCCACUAGAGUCUAGUUCAAGUUCUUUUGAAUCUCAGAAAAUGGAAAGGCCUUGUAUUUCUGUUAUUUCUCCAACUAGUCCUGGAGCUCUAAAAGAUGCACCACAAGUCCUACCAGGGCAGCUUUCUGUGAAACUGUGGUAUGACAAAGUGGGGCAUCAGUUAAUAGUAAAUGUUCUACAAGCAACAGAUUUGCCACCUAGAGGAGAUGGGCGUCCUAGGAAUCCUUAUGUAAAAAUGUAUUUUCUUCCAGAUAGAAGUGAUAAAAGUAAAAGGAGGACCAAAACAGUAAAGAAAAGCCUAGAACCAAAAUGGAACCAAACUUUUCUCUAUUCACAUGUACAUCGUAGAGAUUUUAGAGAACGAAUGUUAGAGAUAACCGUAUGGGACCAGCCAAGAGUACAAGAAGAAGAGAGUGAAUUUCUUGGAGAGAUCCUUAUAGAGCUGGAGACAGCACUUUUAGAUGACGAACCACAUUGGUAUAAGCUGCAGACACAUGAUGAAUCCUCACUACCUCUGCCUCAGCCAUCACCUUUCAUGCCAAGGAGACAUGUCCAUGGUGGAGAAAGCACUAGCAAAAAAUUACAAAGAUCUCAGCGAAUCAGUGAUAGUGACAUCUCAGAUUAUGAUGUUGAUGAUGGUAUUGGAGUAGUUCCUCCAGUAGGUUAUAGAUCUAAUACUAGAGAAAGUAGAUCUACAACGUUAACUGUGCCAGAACAGCAAAGAACAACACAUCAUCGUUCACGAUCUGUAUCUCCUCACCGUGGUGAUGAUCAGGGCAGGACCCGUUCACGUUUACCAAAUGUGCCAUUACAGAGGAGUUUAGAUGAAAUUCAUCAAAUGAGAAGAUCACGUUCUCCAACUAGACACCAUGAUGCCUCCCGAAGUCCAGUUGAUCGCAGGUCCAGAGACAUGGAUAAUCAGUAUUUGUCAGAUCAUGAAAGUGAGCUUCUUAUGCUGCCCAGAGCAAAACGAGGAAGAAGUGCAGAGUGCCUACAUACCACCAGAAAUUCUGUUAGGCACUGUAAAACAUUACCACCCAAGAUGCCUUUACUAGAGAAUGGUACUCACUGGAAUAUUUACAGCUCAACUCUGCCUGCAUAUGCUAAAACCAAAUCAGUGACUAGACAGGAUAUUGCUCUCCUUCGUGAUUGCCUUAAUGCACAAAUACCGAGAUUUACAGAUGAACUGUUGGUUAGUGAACUGCAGCCCUCCCUUGACAGGGCUAGGAGUGCUAGUACCAACUGCUUGAGACCAGAUACUAGUUUGCAUUCACCAGAACGAGAAAGGGGUAGAUGGUCCCCCUCCCUAGAGAGGAGACGACCUACUAGUCCCAGGAUUCAUAUCCAGCAUGCAUCUCCGGAGGAUGACAGAACAAGGACGCUGGAGUCUUGCAUUGCAAAACAGGACAGUAUAAACCACCUAAGUGCUAAACCUGGAGCAACACAGAGGCAGCCCAGAAAAGUGGAAAGAUAUAACAGCCAAAAACAGACUAGAAAAGACUCCGCAUCUGAAACAGAAAGGGUUCUGCUACCCUGUCUUUCUAGAAGGGGACUUCCAACCCCAAGAACAACUGAGCAGCCAGUCAUUAGGGGAAAGCAUCACACUCGCUCAAGGUCGAGUGAGCAUUCUAGUGUCAGACCAUUAUGCUCUAUACAUCACCUAGUCCCUGGAGGGUCGGCGCCACCUUCUCCACUUCUGACAAGAAUACACCAACAAGGAAGUCCAUCUCAGUCACCUCCCACAGACACAUCGGUCAACAGUCGUAGGGGAAGACAGCUUCCACAAGUUCCAGUAAGAAGCAGCAGUAUAGAGCAAGAACAAGAGAAUUAUAACUCUUCCUCAAAAGCAAGCUUAGUAGUGGAGGAGCAAACACGACAGAUGAAAAUGAAAAUGCACCGAUAUAAUCAGACAACAGGGUCUGGUUCUAGUCAAGAAUAUGAGCGUGAGCAAUAUACCAAGUAUAACAUACAAACAGAUCAGUACAGAAGUUGUGAUAACGUCUCUGCCAAAUCAUCAGAUAGUGAUGUCAGUGAUGUGUCAGCCAUUUCCCGUACCAGCAGUGCCUCACGCCUCAGCAGCACAAGCUUUAUGUCAGAGCAAUCUGAGCGCCCUAGGGGCAGAAUCAGGUCAAAGUCCUUAGAGAGCUGCAAAAAUGAUGUCAAAAAAGAAAGAAGGAUAUCAUGGGAAUUAGAUGACCAAACGGGGCACACUGAAAAGAAACUGGAUAUGGAAGACAAGAAAAGGAGAAGGCAUUCUGUUGCUGAUUUGAGUACGUUUACCCCUAAAAUGCAAGGCAGACGGAUGGGGACUUCAGGGAGAAUCAUCACAAAGAGCACAAGUGUGAGUGGAGAGAUGUACCAACUGGAACAUAAUGAUGGGAGUCAAUCAGAUACUGCUGUUGGGACAGUUGGAACAGGUGGAAAGAAAAGACGAUCCAGCCUCAGUGCCAAAGUGGUUGCCAUAGUUUCUCGAAGAAGCAGAAGCACAUCCCAACUUAGCCAAACAGACUCUGGCCACAAGAAGCUAAAAAGCACGAUACAGAGAAGCACAGAAACAGGGAUGGCAGCAGAAAUGAGGAUUCGUAUGGUUCGGCAGCCAAGUCGUGAGUCCACCGAUGGCAGCAUAAACAGCUACAGCUCUGAGGGGAACUUAAUAUUCCCUGGAGUGCGGCUGGGUGCUGACAGUCAAUUUAGUGAUUUCCUUGAUGGACUUGGGCCUGCACAGUUAGUAGGUCGACAGACACUAGCAACCCCUGCUAUGGGUGAUAUUCAGAUUGGAAUGGUGGAUAAAAAAGGCCAGUUAGAAGUAGAAGUCAUUAGAGCCCGAGGCCUCACACAAAAACCUGGCUCAAAAUCUACCCCAGCUCCCUAUGUUAAAGUAUACCUGUUGGAAAAUGGAGCCUGUGUAGCCAAGAAAAAGACAAGAAUUGCACGGAAAACACUUGAUCCUUUGUACCAACAGACACUGGUUUUUGAUGAAAGUCCACAGGGUAAAGUCCUCCAGGUGAUAGUUUGGGGAGACUAUGGCCGAAUGGAUCACAAAUGCUUCAUGGGUGUUGCACAAAUCCUUCUGGAGGAACUUGAUCUGUCCAGUGUAGUAAUAGGAUGGUAUAAAUUAUUUCCACCCUCAUCGUUAGUGGAUCCAACCUUGACUCCCCUGACCCGCAGGGCUUCCCAGUCAUCUCUGGAAAGUUCAACUGGGCCUCCCUGCAUUAGAUCUUAGUGAACUUAUAGCAGAUGCUAUCUAAUAAAAAUGUUACCACCCAGGAUAACAAUCAGAACCAUAUUCGUAUAUGAUCAAAAACAUUGUUGGAGAGAGACAAUCACUUCUGUUUUUGCCUGUAGUAGUUAUCCAAAAUAUGUCUAAAUUAUUUGUUAAAAAGAUGGCUUAAAUUACCAGAACAAAGUAGUAUAUCAAAUACAGUAAGUUCAAUCUACUAGCGGCAGUCACUGAUGCUUAUUACAAUUUUUAAAAAGAGGGGGAUCUUUAGAUUAGAAUAAAAUAAAACAAAACUGGAAGCUCUCACUCUGUUAAGUGCUGUAUUUUUCCACAUUUUGACAGAGCCCACUAGCAGUGUUAACCUCCUGGUGUUUCAGCAGUUUUUCUGUACCUGUUACUUUCACUAGUUUUUUGCUGUGUGAUUCUGCCAGUUUUGUAAAAGUCCUCACAAUGCUAACAGAGACCCUUCCUUUCGUUUUCUAAACCAAACAAAAAAGGGCUGAACUAUAUCUCUGUAAGUAUCCCUUCCAGUGUUCAACAGCCAGAAUUAUCAUACAUGAUGCCACUAAGGUCCUCAUUGCUUCUUAGUUCUGGUUCUUCCAAGUCUUUCAGGUGAAAACCCAGAACAAAUGACCAAUCCAGAUCAUUUCAUUAACAACAACAACAACAAAACCACAGUGCUAGUUUUUCUUUGUAAAAAGCAAAUAUGUUUGCAUUAUAUAUAAUGUUUUUUAUGUUGUUUUGCAUGGGAGAGUUUUGAAGAAAUCUAUCUGCAACUGAUGCUGGGGUCUGAUAAAAGCAGCUUUAGUCUUAAUUUUGACACUGAAAAUAUUACUGGUAAUGCAGUUUUCUUCCUAAACUCAGAGAGGAAGUAUUUACGUCCAUGUGUACAAAUGUAUAUUUGACUUCCCAAAAUGUGGACCAGGAAUGGGGUUGAGCAUAUGACACUUUUAGCUGUACCCAGGUGUCUCUGAUGUGUGUCACUUUAGAUACACAUGUCUGCCCUGGAUAGAGCAUGGUAUGAGUUGUUCAGUAUUUCACUGGAAAUGCCAGUUGAAAUAUUCUGCACUUACUAAUGUUUUUAUCAAAUUUUAGUUUACAUUUCUUUGAGAUUGAUGCAAGCACAAAGCUUGAUUUUUUAACGCGAGAUAUCUUACAUUUUUGGUAAAAAAAACCCUCAAAUUUCAAUUUGCAUUUUAUUCAUUUGAGUUCUUGGCCUUGAAAUCCCAUGUGAUUAACUGUAAAUGUGCUAAAAACUGCAGACUCUGUUGGUUCAGUUAUAUGUUUUCCCUCCUUUUACAGGCCAUUCAAUUUUGUGAUCACACAAAUAGGGCAGCAUGACCUGGAACUGUUCAAAGCUGCAUGCACGUUUUGUAAAAAGAAGCAAAAAGGUUAUUUAAUAAUGUAUGUUAGUUCCACAUAGGCCAGCUUGUAUGUUGCAUGUACUUGUACAGUUUGCUCGUAAUUACUAUACUGAAGUAACCAAGAAAUCUAAGCCAUCCAUUUUUCUUAUAGACAUUUUGCAGGUUUUAGCCAGGCAAGGUCUGUUAGUCUGGUGCUAAAUGUCUAUAGAUGGACUUUAUUUUUUACCCUAUGGAAAACGUGAUGUAGUAUGGACCAAAUUCCUUCUAAUAAAUAUUUUGGUGUAGAUUCCUACUGUGGGGCUGUAACACAUGUAGAAACUCUGUGCACACUAGGUUUUAAUUCAUAGACAUACUGCCUGCACCAAGUGAACUAUUUAUUAUUAUUUAACAUGCCAGAACUAUUCUGCCCAUGGUUCCAUAGGGCAUAGAUUGAUUACUGCUCGACCUGCUGAGCAGGAAGAACUGAAGCAUUGGUGCACUACUACUAGAUUUUGUUCUGUCUUAGUGGCCAAAAAUCAACUAAUUAUAAUUCGGUAGUAUCUUUCUAUUUUGACCACUUGUCUUAACACUCCCCUGUGCUUUUAAAUGAACUCCCAACUCAUGUUAUGUAAACAUGUUUAAUAAAAUUUCCUUUUCAUGUC